AAGGCAUUAUCUUCAACUUGGUCAUUGUAAUGACAACUUCUGCGAUGGGAAGGAACUGUGUGGUUUUGAGUUUAGCAAUGUGUCUUGUUCUGUCAAGCUUUCAUGAUGUUUCUUGCCAGGCUGAAGGAAGCAGCGAUUUAUUAACGUUGGAAAAUCAAGAAUUUCAGUGCAAACAAUAUUAUGCAGAUGAACUUACUGAUAUCAAUAUCUCCGAAGAGCUAGAGCGUCAAUCGAUAACAAAAGAGAGUGAAGAGGAGAGCAGUUGGGAGCAGAGAACUACAAUAUCUUCGUCUCUGUCGGAAGAAACCAAGACUGAAGUUGUUAGUGGUCAAAGUUCGAGUAUGAUGGACGAAAUAAACCGAGAAAUUGAAGCCCAUCUUGGUGGUAAACAACCUAGAGCUGAUCAUGUCACUACAAUUGGUGUAUCUAUGGAUGCUAUUGAAAAUGAUUCUGAGAGAAGGAAACAGCUGGAAGAGAUUGAACAACAAAUCAAAGCUGCGGCUGCAACAAAAAUUGUUGUAGAAGAAGGAACUACAAAAACAAAUACUGUGGAAACACAUGAGAUUGAAUUUGAAGAAGAAGGAACUAUAGAAACAAAGAGUAGUGUGAAAACACAUGAGAUCGAAUUUGAAGCCGCCGCUGCAACAAAAAAAAUUAUAGAAGAAGGCACUACAAAAACAAAUAGUGUGGAUACACAUGAGAUCGAAAUUGAAGCUGCGGCUGCAACAAAAAUUGUUGUAGAAGAAGGAACUACAAAAGCAAAGAGUAGUGUGGAAACACAUGAGAUCGAAUUUGAAAGUACACGUUCAUCAGCGGAAAGUCUUCAAUAGUCUAGCACUUACAAUGGUGGCUCAAGGAUUUUUGGAUCUCUAGGAAUUUCACAAUCGUCAGGUGCGUGGCGAUGUGUUAACCACGACAGAAAUGGAGUGAAUGAAGAGGAGGAUGCUUCCAUCAUUAUACCAAAGUAUGAUAUAGAAGCAAUCAUCAAGGAAGAAUCUAUUUCCCAGGGCUCAGAAUCAAAGACCUCCAGUCUCCUAAUAUCCCUGAACAAAAUUAUUGAGAUGCAUAAAACUAAAACUUUGUCCCGAGGUGUAAUCAAAGAACCCUCUUCUAAGGAAAAAACAGAGAUAGUAAAGAAGCUAAAAGUGAAACUGAAAAGCUAUCGUAACAUAAAGAUACAUGAGCUCGUCACCCGUACUGAUUUCGAGAAGAUACUGACGAUGGCUGCGCGUUAUGAGGAACUAAGCUCAACUUCUGAGAGCUAUAUCUCGAGGCUGUCCAUGUACAGAAGUAUUAUAAAAGAAGGAAUCAAGGCCUCUCAGCGAGUUCAACUUGCGCAGCAGCGUGCUAGGUUGCUCAAAGAUAUGGCCGAGGAGAAGCAGAAGAAAGUGGAGGCUGAGUUUGCGUUGGUCAAGUCUUUGGCUCAGAGAGGAGACGCGUUGUACGUUAAGAUAUUUGCUAUCAAGAAGUUGGUGUUGAAGCUUGAGGCCGAGAAGGAAGAAGUUGAUAUGAAUUUUCAGAAGAUCGUUGGGAAUCUCUCCCGUGUUAUAGAGGAAGCGUCUCAGUCCUAUGAGGAGUAUCUUGUGGUUUUGCGUAAGUGGAAAGAGGAGAAAGCAGCUGAGGAGUUCUCACGUGAGACCAUUGAGAGUGCAGAAGUCGUUUGGGUUCAGUUUCUCAGCUCUCUCUAGAGACAACACUCUUGUCUUCUUAUCUUUUGUCUACAGUUUACCCACUUUUGUCUACGUUUUAUCCUUACAUGUGAGAGCUUUUGCAAAUUUGUCUUUGCUUUAUUAAUAAUGUGCGCGCGAGUCUUGUUUUACACGAGGAAUUUUGUUUUGAAUUAUUAUGCUCUAUGUUCUUGUUGUUCGAUCUAUUUUGUUUACAUGUAAUGAAACCUUUUUG